AUUAGUUUGAGUUGUUAGUUUGCUCAAUUCGUAAUGUCUAUUUUGCAAGAGAAGAUCCAAUUGAACAACGGCACUUCAAUUCCGGUCGUCGGACUAGGCACAGUGACUCCGGACGACAAGAAGCCUAUUUUGCGCGAAGUUGUCAGGGCAGCAAUUCUCGAUGCUGGUUACCGUCACAUCGACACUGCCUGGUACUACGGUGUGGAGCCAAUUUUAGGUGAGGUUUUAGAAGAGCUUUUCAAUGAGGGAAAAGUCAAGAGAGAGGACAUCUUUAUCACCACCAAGGUCUGGCCUGCUCUGUGGAGGAACCCGCAAAAGUCUCUGGACAAGUCACUCAAGGAUUUGAGACUCGAUUAUGUCGACCUGUGGCUGCAACACUGGCCAUUGACAUUCAAAUCUGACGAAAACGGCCAACCACCCGUUCCUCGCGACAGCUCCGGUAAAGUCAUCGAGGACGACGGCGAUUUUCUGGACACUUACAAGAAAAUGGUUGAUAUCUACAAGCAUUCCAAUAAGGUGAAGGCCAUCGGAGUUUCAAACUAUUCCAUUGGCAACCUGGACCGACUAUUAAAGGAAACUGACGUCGUGCCUGUGAUCAACCAGAUAGAGCUUCAUCCACAGCUACCUCUAAACGAUCUGGUGGAGUUCUGCAACAAACACAAGAUUGUCGUUGAGGCUUACAGUCCAUUCGGAUCUAACGGUGCCCCGGUCCUGGAGCUUCCUCUGGUGAAGCAAUUGGCCGAGAAGUAUAACGUCAGACCUGCAGACAUCCUUGUGAAUUAUCACACGGCUUCUGGACGCGUGGCUUUGCCUCGUUCUUUGAACCCAGACAGAAUAAAGCAGGGCUAUAAAAAGGUGCCUUUGACUAAGGAAGAUCUCACGAAAUUGUAUGAGAUCGGUGAAAAGGAGCCUAAGAGAUACAUCAAGGAGGACUGGGGCCACCAUAUUGGACUGCCAUUUUGGGAUUAAGGACAUCUGAUGCCUCCGUUCCAGAUCUCGAAGAUACACUCGCGUUGGCGCGCACCCGACACAAGAGGACUGAAAACAAUGAGCAGCUUUCGCUGAGUCUCAAAAUUAUAAUUGGCCAGGUAGUCGUUCGACAUAAGCACCUCUGCCACAGUUUUGCGCUUUGAUUCAGCGCUCGAGUUGCCGUUUUCGUCGUCAUCUUGUGAGCGCAAAAACGACGAGUCGAUCCCCAGGUCUUCACUGAACUCCUCUAUCAUCUGCUCGUUAAGUAUUGGUUUAUAAUCUUUGAUCAAAGAUAUUCGUGCGUC